GACAGCUGAGAAGUGCUAUCAGUUCUUCUCGAUCGCAGGUAUCACAGGUAUAUGUGCCGCGGAGCAUUCUCCGGCAAUAAUACCGGUCGAUAAAUGUCCAAACUGUCUGAACCUGGAACAUCUCUAGCCGAAGAGGAGGAAUGAGGAGAUCGGGAGAUCAAGUUAGAAAGGUAAUUAAAAAAAAAAAAAAAAAAGAAAAGCAGGGAAGGUGUGGCCACCGCUCGAUCUUUGGCCGACGUUGCUCGAUGUGCUAUGCGCACGGCAUAUCAUCAUUUUCUGAUCCAGCGACAUCCGAGUGCCAUCCGAGUGUAUUUCGGAGCACACUCGGACAGACCACAUCUAACCAAAACACCCAGUCAAGCAUUUAUCUUGUUUUUUUCCAUGGCUCUGUUCUUGGCGACGGAUGUUCUUUCCCACCCCCUUUCCGGAGUGUUAACUCCGAUACAUCCUCCAUAUCUCAGAUCGGCAUACUGGCUGCCAACUUAUACAUUGAACAGUUCGAGGUGCAGAAGGUUUGCAAUCUAAAUGCUGCCGCCACCUCUUUUCAACGUCAUGUAUUGAGGGGACGCGCCAGCCAUCGAGUCUCCUGAACGUUGCGGAAAUGCACUGAUGCACUGACCUCUCCUCCGCGACAGCUCACGUUGAUACGUCGAUUUCUCCCCCAACGGUGUGCAGUAUCUUUAUCAGGGAGGAUGUGUCUAUGUAGUCAAUCGGAAUGAU